AUGCUGGGGACUGGACCGAGUUUGCUAUCAGUGCGUGUGCCAAAUGAGCGUCUCGCCUACACUGUGUCUGGGUCCCAGGAACCCAUCGCACUCGAUAGUGGCGAUAGUUCGUUUAAGAGCACGCAAACCGUUGAGGCCAUUUCCACGCUUCAGUCUCAAGCGCAUCCGUCAGUUCUCGCUCGUGGCGGCUGGAUCUGGAGUUGUGCUGAGACUUUGAAGGCCUCACCAAAGCGGUAG